AUGCGCCUUCCCGCCGCCCGCUUCCCCUUUCCCGCCGCCCGAUGCGCAUUCCCGCCGCCCGAUCCCCUUUUCCCGCCGCCUCCCUUUUCCCCUGUCCGUCGCCCGAGCCCUUCCUUCUCUCCUUCCAUCCCUUCUCUCCUUCUCCCUUCUCUCCCUUCCAUCCCUUCUCUCCCUUCCCUCCCUUCUCUCCCUUCCAUCCCUUCUCUCCCUUCCCUCCCUUCUCUCCCUUCCAUCCCUUCUCUCCCUUCCCUCCCUUCUCUCCCUUCCAUCCCUUCUCUCCCUUCCCUCCCUUCUCUCCCUUCCCUCCCUUCUCUCCCUUCCCUCCCUUCCCUCCUUUCCCUCCAAUCCCUCCCUUCUCUCCAGUCUCUCCCUUCCCUCCCUGUCUCCCUUCCCUCGCUUCCCUCCCUUCCCUCCCUUCUUCCCUGCUCUCCCAUCUCUCCUUUCGCUCCCUUCUCUCCCAUCCCUCGCUUCCCUCCUUCCCUCCCUUCCCUUCCUUCCCUCCCUUCUCUCCCUUCCCGCCCUUCUCUCCCCCCUUACCUUCUCUCCCUUUUCUCCCUUCCCUCUCAUCCCUCCAUGCAAUCUCCUGUCUCUCCUUUCUCUCCCGUCCCUCCCGUCCCUCCCGUCCCUCCCGUCCCUCCCGUCCCUCCCUUCCCGCCCUUCUCUCCCUUCAAUACCUUCGCUCCCUUCCCGCCCUUCUCUCCCUUCAAUACCUUCGCUCCCUUCCUGCCCUUCUCCUCCCCCCCACCGUAUCUCCGUUACCUUCCAUUUCAUCCCUACCCUUCCUCGUCUCUCCCUCCCGACAUCUCUCCUGCUUCUCCUUUCACUCCCUUUCAUCCCUUGCCUCCCUUGACUACCUUCCCUCCCUUCUCUCCUUUCGAUAGAAGUCUCUCCGUUCCCUCCUUUUCUCUCCCUUCUCUCCCGUGUCUCCCUUCCUCGCCCUUCACUCCCUUCCCUCCCUUCUCUCCCAUGUCUCCCUUCCUCUCCCUUCACUCCCUUCCCUCCCUUCUCUCCCUGCCCUCCCUUCCCUCCCUUCUCUCCCUGCCUUCCUGUCCCCCAUCCUUCCUUCCUUACGCACUCCUCCAGCCAUUCUCUCCUCUUGCAAUCCUCACUGCCAUCCUUCCCUUCCGCUAA